AUGAAACUUGGUUGGGUGAAGACGGAGAAAUCAGUUUACCGAAUUUCAACUGUAUCGCCCAGUGUAAAAAAAAUCAGACUGGAGGAAACACUAUCUACCACAACCAAAAUUAUACCGUUUAUGACCUCAGUACUCACACCACACGUAGGGUUGUCCGCUGUACAGUCAACAUCAAGUGCAACUGUGACAGAAAAUAUCGGUGACAUUUUUAUUUCUGUGUGCCGUGCGAUAAAUAGACAAACAAUAGUAAUUUUAAGUGUCGACAUAGUCCAAAUUCACAUAUUAACGAUAUUAUCGCAUUUUUAUAUGGUGCGUUAUUAAGAUACACUGAGAUACGCUCUUGACGGUGGUGAACUUCUUCCUCGACAAGACGAUGUAAAACCUCUCAUGUUAACUGGAGAUUACAAUGUAAAUUUCGCAACGGACACUUCCGUAAAAUUAAUAGAAUUUCUACAACAACUGAAUUCAUAA